AUAUUUUUCUCAGCUCUCUUUCUGGCUAGUGCAGCAUACAGGUCCUCAAAACAAAUAUUAAGGUUUGGUGUGAUGUUGAUUGAUUUAGAUAAUAACCCAAAAGGAAGAUUUCUGAAGACUUUACAACGAGAAACUAUUUGGAGGAGAAAUGAGAAAGGAUCUGUUGCUGAAGAGUGAAAUUCCUCCUUCGCUUUCUCCUUUUCUGAUAAAUGAAGUUGCUGCCUUCGAAACAGAAAUUUAUCUUAUAUAUUUUGAUAAAUAAAAAUGUGGGAAGCCUUGGAAACAAAGCAGGCUGGUCUCACAGCACUUCCUGUGCGAUCUUGUGGCCCACCUUCAGUGGUUGGGGCUGCUGCUCAUUCUAAGAAGAGUUCGUACAAAAUCGCUCUUCCUCCUUCAGAUUAAACUAGUAGCUGGAGUAACAAUGAAGGAAGACGGCUGUAACUUAUACUUGAAUUACCGGCCAAACAGAAUGGAAAGGAGAUUCAAGAAAUCUCAGCUGCAAGAUUUCUUGCUGGAACAUCCUCGGGGUCAUUGCUUCCUGGUAGGAUCUGGAUGUGCUAUAAUCCUCAUUCUUGUGGCAGCCCUCACAGCACUGGGGAUCUGGGUCUUUCAGCUUCAGAGAACUGCAGAUGAUCAGGAUAACAUUCCUGCUACUGAAGCAAAGCAGCAAGUCAGCAAAGAGCCAGCAGGAGAAAAAUGGAACAAGCUGUGGCGAUUUCUGUGUAAGCACCAUUGUGACAAUUCCACAGGGAAUUUGAAGCUGUGUCCCAAAGAAUGGCAGCUUCAUGAAAACAAGUGCUUUUGGAUCUCAGGGGAAAAACAAACCUGGAAUGAGAGUAGAGACGAUUGCAGAGCCAAAGAUUCUGAACUUGCAGUUUUGAAAGUAGAGGCAGAAUUGCACUUCAUCCAGCACAUCACCAGUGGGGCACAAAUGAUGUGGAUAGGACUGUCUGCAAAUUCCAGGACCCGUCAAUGGUUGUGGGUGGACAAUUCCUCAUAUACCGGUAAUAAGGAAGGGCUGCCAAACAUAACCGGGGCUCAAGGAAACAGCUGUGGGAUGUUGAAGGCCACAAAAGUCAUCUCAGAAUCUUGCAGUGCUGUGGCUAAGUGGAUCUGCGAGAUAGAAGCUCUGGUGAUGUAAAUCAUCCAAGAGAAAAACAAAGAAGUGCUCUAUAAUGGCAUAGGGCCGGGCUAUUUACGGGACCGUCUGCUGCCAUCGAAUGCCUCCCACCGACCCGUGCGCUCUCUCAGGGUGGGACUCCUCAGGGUGCCGUCGGCCAGGCAGUGCCGACUGGCGACGCCCAGGGGAAGGGCCUUCUCUGUCCUUCCCAGGACUUCGUCAACUUCCUGACCUUCGAACCUUCCGCCGCGAGCUUAAGACACAUCUAUUUAUCUGCGCAGGACUGGACUAAAUUGUUUAAAUUUUAAAUGUUUAAAUUUUAAAUUUGGUUUUAAAUCGGGUUUUAUUAUUUAUAUCUCUAUUUUAAAUAUUCGGCCAAUGUAAUAAGUUUUUUAAAUUAAUGUUUUACUUUGUAUAUAUAUAUAUGUUUUUAUAUGGCUGUACACCGCCCUGAGUCCCUAGGGAGAUAGGGCCGUAUAAAAGUAUGAAUAAUAAAUAAAUAAAAUAAAUAAAUAAAUAUAAUAAUUACACUGGGGAGGAAUUCAGGUGUAAUUUUUCACUUACAACAGUUCAUUUAGUGGCCAUUCAAAGUUACAACAGCACUGAAAAAAAGUGACUUAUGGCCAUUUUUCACACUUAUGACUGUUGCAGCAUCCCCUUGGUCACUUGAUUUACAUUCGAAUGCUUGGCAACUGACUCACAUUUACGACGGUCGCAGUGCCCCAGGACGAUGUGAUCCCCUUUUGUGACCUUCUGACAAGCAAAGUCAAUGGGAAAACCAGAUUCACUUAACAACAGUGUUACUAAUUUAAGAACUGCAGUGAUUCACUUACCAAUCGUGGCGAGGGAAGUCGUAAGAUGGGAGAAAAGUCACUUAACAAAUUUCUCACUUAGCAAUAUAAAUUUGAGGCUCAUUUGUGGUCAUAAGCUGAGGGCUACCUGUAUUUCAUAAUGUGCAGUUCAUAUUAAUGAAGUACUACAUUGUGCCAUGAAAAAUUACAGGAAACUCUGAAAAGUUUCUGAAAUUAAAAAUGCAAAAUUGAAUGUCAUUUUGGAGGAGACCUGCUCAUUUUGAUUAGGGCAAUAGAGCAUAUAUACAUCUGGUUUUCUGGAUACUUUAAAAAUGUUUAUUAGUGGGUUUUUUUAUGUUCACGUGUAUUUUAAGAUUUUUAUGUUCACAUGUAUUUUAAGAUUUCAAGACCCAGAAUUCCCAGCCUGGUAUGUCCAUAUAUUUUAAAGUUGCAUUAACAGCUACAGAAAAGGCACAUAUCUGCCCUUCACUUUGGCUUCACAAGGGGAGAAAGCACACAGCCGGUUUUGCCAAUUCAACAGCUCACUUCUUCACCCGUACAAAACCGCACCAAUUCUUUCUAGGAAAUGGGAGGACUUGACACCGCUGUCUUUAUGUGGCCAGCAGGGGGUGGCAUAGACUCAUUUUGCUAUUGGCACGUCUGCACCUUCUGUUCUUUUCUUUAUUUCUAAACUUAAUCAUGUACAAGUUCAGAUUCUAGUUCAUAUUGAGGGACAAUAUAAUAAUUCUAUCUUUUUGCUAUCAAUGUUCUUGAAAAUAAAGUUUUGUUGGAAAAACGUUGUGAUUGGAAAAAAUCAAUCUUUCUGAUGCUGGAGAAAAUCAUUCAUAUUUGCCGUUUUUGCUGUAUUUGUUUUUUAAAUGUACAAUAUAUUUUUUGUAACAAAACUAUAUUUUAAUCUUACAGAAAAAAACCUUCAAAAAAUUAAAUGUAUAAACAAAAUACGAACUAAGAAAGACUUUUUGUUUCUUUGUUUAGUCUUUCUUGUAAUUUUUGUUGUGGAUGCUAGUAAAAUUUAACGAUCUGUGUGUCAUCCCUUUGCCCAUCCAAGUAUUUGAUAACCCUACAAAGGGUGUUGUUUUAAUAGGUCAGCUGGCCCCAGUGAUAUUCCAAUAAAGUAUCAUUUGUUGA